AUGGUGGAACUGAAGGAAAUACAGGUAUCUUCCGUAGAAAAAGACAUACCCAUACAUCUCAGUGAUAGAGAAAGAUGCUAUUUUGACCUGAGCAUGUCUGCAGAAUUGUUAAUACAAAAAUUGGAUGAUAUUAUAAAGCGGUACAAUUUUAUGUUUAUGGAUGAUUUUGUGGUCAACUAUGGUAACGAUGGGACGCGAAAGGAUGUGUGUGUAAAGGAUAGGAGCUUGCAAUACCAUGUAAACGGUAAUUUGACCGGUAGUUUUCCGCAUUUGCGAGAUUGCUACUACGCACUCGACUGUUUAAACAUAGAUUAUGUUUGCUAUAAGGGAAUUUCUCUAGCAAUGACACUUUCGUAUAUCACGCCUGACGACGUAAGGAAACACAGAGCUGAGAAUGAAACUUCUUUUACCGGUGAAUUAAUGAUAAACGACAGAGAAGUCUCUCUUGACAGGAAAAAAAGUUUGAGAAUUGGUAUUUGUGAUAAAAGUAUGAAUGUGUGUGGUGGGGGCGUGAUUGGAAAUUGCGUGGUCCGACUCGAUGGUUUGGGACGAAAGGGAUGCUUUAUGAUGAGCUGUGAUGACAAAAUUGUAAAGAAAAAAGAGUUACGUGACGUAGAGGAAUUUAUUGGUGUUGUGGGUAGACCUGGGUUGAUAGUUAAGAACAUGGAAAAGAACCGAGAUAUAAGCGUAGAAACAGAAAAUGAUAAGGAAUUAAUUGUCAAGUCUAGUAAUAAGGAAGCAAAGGUAGGCAUGAAAUAUGCCAUGAGUGAUGCAAGAAAGGGAGAUUGUAAUAUUCUGGAACGAGUCAAGGGCUCGUUUUCAUAUCUUAUCGACGUGUUACUCGCAGACAGUGCUCUUCGGCAGAAGGUAAACUGUUACUGUGAUGGUUACAUCGUGUUUUAUGUCAGGAGUGCCCAAAAGAUCGACAAAAAUAUUUUUAUCGAAUAUUGCAUAGAACGAAGAAAUUUACCCAUGAAACAUUCCGAAAUAGAGGCAUUUUCAAUUCUAUCAGACAUUCCUGCUCAAAAAUUAGUUUUAGAGUACCUGAACACACAGGUUAAGUUAUUCAUGGCGGAUGGAAAUGUUGAUAUAGACGCAAUAAUAUAUAACCUUAGAUGUGCCUUUCAUUAUAAAUUGGUGUCAGGGGAGGAUUGGAUCAGAAGAGAAUUCAAUGCGAUGCUAGUCAAACUGUUCGAAAUGAUCGAAGAAAGAAUUUGUGAGCAUAUGGUCGGCUACGAAGAGUGUUCAGAUGCACUUAUUUAUGUUAUAUUUAUGAUAUUGGUGAGUAGUGGUACAAAAAACGAAGAUGCAAAUGUUUAUUCCGGCAUUCACGCGUAUUCGCAAACGGCUAGCUCUUACACAGAAAUUAUAAGUAAUUUAAAGCGAAAUUACACAAACAACCUCUUUGGCUCGAAUGCCUAUUAUGAUGUGUACAAGAACUGUGAAAAAGCCUUACAUUGCGGCUCAAUGCGUUUGAUUGAUGAAAAGCAGUUUAAUGAACUACUAAAUUGCCUGGUUGUCAGGAAUAGAAGAUGUUUUUUGAAGAAUUACGAAUAUCGCGAGGAAAAGUGGGGAGAAAAAAGCGUUGAUGGAAGUAAUGUGAUGCAGGACGACAUUGAUGGUCGGAAAAAAAGACGCAACACAAGAAAAAGAGGAUGA